GAUGCAGGAGACUGGAAAUCUUCUCUGUGUAGCAUUAAUGCAAUACAGCAAGCUAGGUCGAUGUUAUUUUUUAACAAGGUGUUUAUUUGGCUCACUAUUCACUGUUUAUAUCAGUUAUCCAAAUAUAUAUUACUUGAACUGGAAUAAACAUGCAUUGGCUGUCAAGGAUGACUUAGCUUUAAGAGAGGAUGAGUCAUUUUUGGAUGAGAUCCGUAGAGCCCAGUCUUUCAAGGAGAAGGACCAGGGUUGUGUUUUUGAGUCUCCUAUGGUGUAUGACUUUUCCCUACAACUCCCACCAAGACCACAACCAGCAAUGCCAAAUAAUACCAGGGUCCAUGUCCCUUCCUGUGCUGGAGAAAAAGGGGGACAUCAUCUUCGGGGGACUCUUCUCCCUUCAUGACAUGGUGGUGGAGCCCAGUCUGUCCUUUACUUCUAAGCCUCUUCCAGCACAGUGCACCAGAUUUAACUUUCGGACUUUCCGUUGGAUGCAAACUAUGAUCUUUGCCAUUGAGGAGAUCAACAGAGAUGGCAAGCUCCUUCCCAACAUCACACUGGGCUAUAAGAUCUAUGAUUCAUGCAGUACACCCCAUCAGGCUCUGAAGGCUGCCAUGGAGUUAGUGGGGAGUGACAAGGAUUCAGAGAUUGAAGAAGAAACACAAAGUAAAGGCACCUGUCGUGGGAGCGUACCAGCAGUGAUAGGAGAUGGAGGCUCUACUCAGUCUCUUGUUGUGGCCCGUUUCCUGGGAGUCUUCCAUGUGCCACAGGUUAGUUAUUUCUCCAGCUGUGCCUGUCUCAGUGACAAAAAUGAGUUUCCUGCCUUUUUAAGGACCAUGCCCAGUGACUUUUUCCAGGUAGAUGCACUAGUACAACUUGUCAAGCAUUUUGGCUGGACUUGGGUGGGUGUGAUAGCAGGAGAUGAUGCCUAUGGCCGUGGUGGGGCAAACAUCUUUGUCAACGAGGUUAGAAAACUGGGUGCUUGCAUUGCCCUUCAUGAAGUCAUCCCUAAAAACCGAGCACAGACCACCAUUUCAUCUAUCGUUUCAAAGAUCCGCUCCUCUGGGGCUCGGGUCAUACUAGUGUUUGCUGUGGAACAAGAUGCAGCCGCAUUGUUUGAUGAAGCUCUCAGAGAGGGGCUGACUGGGAUACAGUGGCUGGCCAGUGAGGCCUGGAGCACAGCAGCUGUCCUCUCCACCCCCAAAAAGUACCACCAUAUCCUCCAGGGUUCUAUGGGAUUUGCCAUUCGGCGAGCAGACAUCCCCAGACUACAGGACUUUCUGCUUCGCUUGCACCCCUCGAGCCCAGAUGCCCUUGCAGAUCCCUUCCUGAAACCCUUCUGGGAAGAGGUGUUUCAGUGCAGCCUGGGUGUGCAGGAUGAAGGUCAAGAACAUAAUAACGAGGGUAAACCUCCAUGCUCUGGAGCAGAAGACCUGAGGAGUGUAAAGAAUAUCUAUUCAGAUGUGUCACAGCUAAGGAUUUCCUACAAUGUCUAUAAGGCCGUGUAUGCCAUCGUCCAUGCACUCAAGGCUAUGAGAAGCUGUGUGAAAGGAAAAGGGCCAUUUCAUCUGCAGGCCUGCCCAGAUACAGACAAUAUACAGCCAUGGCAGCUACUUCAUUACAUAAAGCAGGUGGAAUACUUGAACUCAUUUGGUGAUGAAACCAAGUUUGAUGAAAAUGGUGACCCUGCAGCCAUGUAUGACCUUGUGAACUGGCAGCUAAGUCCCAAAGGAGAAAUGGAGUUUGUCACAAUUGGCAAAUUUGAUGAGACGACCUCAGUAGGAAAGCAAAAACUCCAGAUCCAGGAAGAUAUGAUUGUAUGGAAUGGCAAUCAAACCAAAAUUCCCUUGUCAGUAUGCAGCAGCAUUUGUCCCCCAGGUACCCGGAAGGCAAUCAGACCUAACUUCCCUAUCUGCUGCCAUGAUUGUGUGGUUUGCACAGCUGGGGAGAUUAGCAAUCAGACUGAUGCCAUAGAGUGUGUGCGCUGCCUGACAGAGUUCUGGUCCAAUGAUGGAAGGACAGCCUGUAUCCCCAAACAGGUGGAGUUCCUCUCCUUUAGCGACACCAUGGGCAUCACCCUGAUGGCUAUUUCUCUCCUUGGCUCCUUCUGCACCUGUGUUGUGGUGGUCAUAUUUUCUUGUCACAGAUCCACCCCGAUUGUCAGGGCCAACAACUCUGAGCUGAGCUUCCUGCUGCUCUUCUCCUUGACUCUGUGUUUCCUGUGUUCUCUGACCUUCAUCGGCCGGCCCUCUGAGUGGUCUUGCAUGCUGCGACACACGGCAUUUGGCAUCACCUUUGUCCUUUGCAUGUCUUGUAUUCUGGGGAAAACUAUAGUGGUGCUAAUGGCCUUCAAGGCAACACUUCCAGGCAGUAAUGUAAUGAAAUGGUUUGGGCCUGCACAGCAAAAGGCAAUCAUUACCCUUUGUACACUGGUCCAGGUAAUAAUCUGUACAGUGUGGCUGGUUGUUGCUCCUCCCACUCCACACCGACUGAUCCCACGCGAAAGCGUUAUUGUCAUUCUCUUGUGUGAUGAAGGUUCACCUGUAGCAUUCGCUCUCGUCCUGGGCUACAUCGGCCUGCUGGCCUGCCUCUGCCUUCUCUUGGCCUUCCUGGCAAGGAAGCUGCCAGAUAACUUCAACGAGGCAAGGCUCAUCACUUUCAGCAUGCUCAUUUUUUGUGCGGUGUGGAUAGCCUUUGUUCCUGCCUACAUUAGUUCUCCAGGGAAGUACUCCACAGCCACAGAGGUGUUUGCUAUACUGGCCUCCAGUUAUGGACUGCUGGGCUGCAUCUUUGCACCAAAGUGCUACAUUAUCCUACUAAGGCCAGAAAAGAACACAUGGAAACACCUGAUGUCGAAAGCUGCCACUGACAAAUUCUAGAACAUCAUCUUUAUUUCAUGCACAUAUGGACUUCUGUCUCUGGCUUUUCCCAGAUUAAUACAAUAAAUAUAAUAACAUUACUUCGAAAUGUGUGAUUUUGUGGGGAAAAAGUAUGACAGUGGUGGUAGAGACAGUGUUUAUAGACUUCCUGUCCUUGAAUAUGAACACUCACAUUUCACCACUAGAUGGUAGAAGUGUGCUGUUAAUGCUGCCUUCUGUCAUUCAUCAUGGCCCAUCAGAAAAUGCACCACCACACACCAUUUUCCUAACCAAGAACUUUCCAUAAUGUUUUUGUAACUUGCCCUGUACAUUCUUUUCACUUCUAUUUUCUCACCUAUGGUUUAGUUAAAGAUCUUUUACUUUAUUUUGCUCAGUGGUGUAGAAAAAAGUAGGCAGUACAAUCACAGAAACAAUACAAAAAGCAGUGCAUCAUCAUUAAGAAGUGAUGUUAUCCUGUAAACCCCCUAUAGUCAGUUUCAAGACCUCAAGAAAAAACAGUCAACCAUUUACAAAAAAGCAUUCUCAAAUCAAAUGAUUUUAUUUCUCCAGUUUUAUGACACUCCUUUGACAUGCUCAGUAGAAAUGUGAAGGACAGCUCAUUGCUAGCACUGAAUGGGAUUUGGCAGCAGUGUCCAUGCUGAUUUGACCCGAGAUAGAGUGAUGAGGCCCAGGGUCUCUGAGGUAUGCUCUGUGGAAAUCCCAGCUGUCAUUGGUUAAUUAAACCCUCAUACUCCAGAGGCCUUUACAUAUAAACAUCACGCCUGGCUGUUCCUUGCAAUAACAAACUAAAAACGUCAGACAUUUUUUCCAGCUCUCCACAUCUGCUCUCAGGCUAACAUUGAUUAUCCACCACUGAUUGAUCUGUUGUUCCUCCCAAGGCAGAGGAAUAAAUUGGAAGAUGGAGAGACAUCGGGUCUCCAACGUCCAUCAGGGACAGACAUGAGGAAAAGGUGUAGGGAGGGGCAGAUGGAAAGCAGUGCUUUAUUGACACUGUAUUACUCGAUUUACAUUUAUUUCCAACCUUCAUUCUUCCUAGCCUUUGCAUUUUUAACUCUCGUAUGUGCUCUCUUCUGCAUCAUAAAUUUCAAUGACUAUAAGACAGCGGAUUGAUUUCUGCUCAUAGUGCACAGUCUGUCUUUGUUUCAUUUCAAACAGUAAUCCUUCAGAUUGGAGCACGAUUUGCCUGAUUUAAUUAAGGAAACCAGAAUAGAUCACUGCCAUUCAGGGGUUAGAUCAUUUGAAUGAGAAAAUACUGUGUGAUAAUUUCUUCAAUAAAAUGACUGCGCCUUCAAAUUACAGGCACACAGACGUAAAAUGAAGUGUGCCCGGCUGUGAAAAAAUGUAUUAAAAAUGUGAGUGAGUGCGGAGGAAGUCCAGAAUUCAUAGAAAUCCAUUCCUUGAAAUACUGAAAAAAAGAUAACUUGACACAUGAUAACAUAGAUUUGCUGACAGCGUAGAGGUAAACACAGCAGGGAAGUUGAAAGAUGUAAUAACAGCAUGACUUCUACAGUACUUACGUGCAGCUUUCUACUCAAUCUUGUCAUCACUGAGUUUUUGUACUAGGGCAAAUGCUGACCAGAUGUGUGGACACAUGGGGGUUUACCUCAUCAAAGACAGAGAUUGGAGAAGUAAUACUUAACACUGUGUCAUGAACAUUAAGUAAUGAUAUCCCGGGGUGAAAAGAAGUGUUACUUAAGUUAACACUCAGUAUUGAGAAAGUAGUUUGUAGAGUUGUCAAGCAAAUAUUCUGUUGAGUGUCUUUCAAAUAGCUCUAUUGACAAUCCACUUGACUUCUACUUGACAACUACUUGAGACUUUUUUCCUCCGUGUGUUUGCACCUAACACCAGAAAUCCAGGGGGUAAAUUACAAUUGCAGCAUUUAGUUUCAGUUUGACAAGCACCAUUUUUAUAAGUUUUCAAGGCAACGUAUAAAGAUGUCAGAUAUCUCUUGCAUGGAUUGCUGAUUCAUCACAGUCAUUAACACUGAAAAAAGAUUAAUUAUGACAAGGGGAAAGGUCUUAAAAGUAUGACAAGACAUGCAAAAUAAAACGGAAACUUAUCAGCAAAAGAGAACAUAUGCACAGCUAGACCAAUACCAAUAUUAGGCAUAAGAGCCACUUAAGCACAUAUUUAUAUUUGGUAACAAUGUCUGUGUUGGUAUGACAUAUUAUAUUGGAUUUGAUGUUAUCUAAGUUUACACAACAUUCUCCUUGUAUUUGAAUAGUGUAUAGUAGUGGACUAUGCCAUGGAUAUGUUUAUAGUUACUAUUAUUUCUGUGUUAGCUGUGUCUGUAGUUCUGUGUUUUAAGUGAGAGCAUAUAGGAAUAGGGCAUCAAGUCGAUAGUGGGCUGGACAAGAGUUAAC